AUGAAACCCUCGCCACUCGAUGGUUUAUUUUUCGUUAUUUAUGCUGUGGGCUCUGUUCUGGCUGAAACUCCAACGUCUGGGAACAAUAUAGACACUUCUGGAGAAAAUAAUUCCACGAUCAAAGACCCGAAAAUGUUGGUUUGUAUCCUUUUGGUGCUAAUUACUGUACUUUUUUUGCAAGCUUUUAAUAUAAUUAAGCUUAACUAAAAAUAUUCCACCUGAUAAGAACUUCUUUAAGAGACAGCGGGCUUAUUAGAGCUUAUUGUUACAGUUUCCUAUCUUCGCUCGCAGAUCGUGCAAUUUUUAAAGAAAAACGUGCUCAACAAGUCGUUGCUGCAGAGAGUAUUCUAAAGCUUGCUGAUUAUUCCAAGCAGUAUAAGAUGGUCGAAAUAGUACUUGAAAAAUUAUUUAAGGUAAUCAGUGUACCAAUUUACAAAUGCUACUUUUGACAUAAGUUCCUGAGUGAGAGUGCGGUAGAAAACGAAGACCUAAGACCCAAGACCCAUAAACGAAGACCCCCCUUAAAAUCACUUAUAAAUAUCUAGAAACGGGUAUCUCGACCUUUAAAGAUGUGUGAAAAAAAGCAAUAUCUUCAAUUAUACAAAAUUUCGACCAGGGUCUUCAUUUUCUACACAAUCCCCCCGGUGUGUAGAAAAUGAAGACCCCCCUCAAAAUCACUUGGAAACGGCUGAACACUGCUUUUAACGACUUCUAGACACCAAAGGAGUGUAAGAAACAACACAGCUCCUGACGAUUAAACCCAUGACAACAUUAAGAUCUCCCAAGUGACGUGGUUAUUUAAUGUCAGAAGAAAUCCAAAAUCCAUAUCUUACAAUGUAUGUAAUAUUUUCCUAAUUAAAUAUAUAUUGACUUUUCUAUGGAAAGUGUUUCUGUUUCAUUUUAGUUUUACUUUGUAGAAUUCAUCAUGAUAAUACUCAUUAAACUUGUGGUACAGUCAAACCUUGUUAACACAAACACUUAGGAGACCACAGAAAGUGUCCGUAGUAAGUGGAUUCAAUAUUUAAAGGGGAAGAUGUAAGACCUUUCUUUUUCCUAGGACAACUCUCCCUUGUGCUUGCACUCGUUGCAGUUUCUCACAUCCCUCCUUGUGAUGUUUAGAGUAGAACUGAAGAGCUGUGGAGAGUCUAGAAUUUUAUUGGAGAAGUGUUUCUCUUCUGUGCAGGGCUUUUCCGAAGGACACUGAAAUAAGUGGCUGGAGUGUGUGUGAUUUUCAUUUAUUAAGAUUUUGUAAAACAGCAGGUACUAACACGGGUUACAGGUUUUUUUUCGGUACAAAGUUAUUUCAAUACAAGUUUAUCGAGUGAAGUUGUAAUAUGAUUUCACAUACAAAAUACUUGGCUCAAAGAACAAAGAAUAUUCACACAAAAUGUGUUUUCUCGUUCAUGCACAAACUGGCCAUAAUAAGAACUCAGAAACAUUUCUAUCGUCAGUAAUAAAGACGUGACUGCGAGCAGAGACUUAAGACUCGUAUUUUUCAGAUAAAAAUGUUGACGCUGAUGGAAACAAGGCUGGACAUUAACCCCCUGACAACUCUAACAUCUCCAAGUGACACACACGGUUAUUUAAUGUCAUGGAAUGGGGCAUUUUGAUGGCUAUCACGGAAGACAUGACUUUGAACACUUUACAGCAAAGGAGCAGCUUCCACAAAAAACUUACACGAAGACCGCGGUAGAAAUUUUGUAUAAUUGAAAAUCGUAAUGAGCCGUGUUGUUUCUUACACUCCUUUAGUGUCUAGAAGUUGUUAAAAGCAGUGUCCAGCCGUUUCCAAGUGAUUUUGAGGGGAGUCUUCGUUUUCUACACACCAGGGGCUUGUGUAGAAAAGGAAGACCUUGGUCGAAAUUUUGUAUGAUUAAGAAUCGUCAGGAGUCAUUUUCUACACAGUCAUACAUUGUUUAGAAAACGAAGACCCUGGUCGAAAUUUUGUAUAAUUGAAGAUAUUGUUGUUUCUUACACAUCUAAGGUCGAGAUACCCGUUUCUGGAUAUUUAUAAGUGAUUUUGAGGGUGGUCUUCAUUUUUGGGUCUAAGGUCUUACGUCUUUGUUUUCUACCCACCCUCGUGAGUGAGGGCUCGAGCACCCAGCAAAUAACCUGACUUCUUAAUAAAAUCAGGGUUCUCUUGGGUUAGAGGGGUUGACCAUUGGAUUAGAUGUAGUAUCCCCAAUGAAGCAGUCUGCAGGGCACGUGCUUUAAUAUUUUAGUCAAACAAACACUCAGUACAUUUGUCAGUAGCUACCAUCUUUGAUCUCAAAAACGCUAGGAGAUUGGGCAUAGAGUACAAAUGUAAUGGCACUGUUCUAAACAAAUACUGGUAAAAUGAAGAUGCGGGAAGGGAAUUCUCACCUGUCUUCCCAAACCUCCCAGAUGUAUCACAAUCAAUAAUAACUGUUUUAAACCAAGCAAAGCCUGGUGCUCUCUAUCUUAAUAAGCCUCCCCACGCAGAUGUGUGUAGGCAUUCAUCACCCCUUCCACCCCCACGGUCCAUAAGGAAGGAAUGGGUGACGAAUCCCUAAGGACGUCUGUGUAAGAGGCUAUGUUAUCUCUUGAUGACAGUAAAAUUAUGUAGUCAGUUCACAAUCAGUUGCAAUAGCAUGCAGCUCCAUGUGUUUUUUUUUAAUAUUCAAAAUAAAACUUAAAGUGAUUGAAAUAAAAUGAAAUUUAAGUUAAAAUUAUUUCAAUGUACUUUGAUGAAUUCUCAAUUUCGUUCUUUCUACAGUAUUUCUAAUCAUUGGUCAGAAAAGAUAGUACUGUAGUAUUAAUUUUAACUAGGCUAGGAUUAGGGAACUUUUUUGUUUCUGUCAUUAUGAUUAGGCUAAUGGGAGGGAGACAAAGGCAAUUGAGAAACAAACUAGGCUGAAAUCAUUUUGACCUCUGUCAGAAUUAUUUCAUUUUAAAGGCAAAGAUUAAGUCUGUAAUUCUAUCAUUCCAAUACAAAUUUCAUUUUGAAUUACAACUGAUAAGUCUUUAUAUUUAUGAACUGGAGUUUUUUUAUUCAGGUUUUACAGGAUGCAAGAGUCAUUAAAGUAACAGUCAGUCAGGAUCCCAGGACAAGCAUUUCUCACAGAACAAGCACAGAGGGUGACCUGGCUAGAAGACGACCUGUGUUAUAGACCAUAAUUUGCACUAAGAGGUCAUUAUGUGAUAUUGUUUUUAUAAAAAUGUAAGUGAUAUAUGAUUUUACCUUUGAAAAAUCGCGAUUAUAGUGAAUCAUUACAAUUUUAAACAGUAGUGAUUUGGUUUUUCAAACCCUGCACCAUUUUCUUAAAAUGAGUAAGAUCGCAGCUGGUCACGUGUGACUAAAAAGUGAAUUAUAAAAUUAUGAAUAUCUCUUUCUGAACACAAAUUUUGCACUUAAACUUCAAGGAUUUCAAAUGUUAAAAACAUGAUGUGGUAACGUUUACAGCACAUUUGAGUGUUAAACCAUUUAAUGUGUAACAAGAUGCAAAAGCAAGGAGAAAGUAGUUGUGGCCACAUGGCGGCCAAUACAAAUCAAUUUCUUUUGUUAAAAAAAUCAAGGUUCCAUAAAAUAUGUUCCUUAAAUGUGUUUCCUCUCAAAUUCGGUGUGCAAUUUUUAUGUGCACUGUCAGUUUUUGGUAUUCAGCAAGAUUCCAACUCAUUGUUUUGAAAAAGGAAGCAUUGGUCAUGUGAGCUCUUAAUUUGAUGCAAUUAGUGGCCUAUUGAUGGUUGGUAGUUUUAAAAAUCUUAGUGAAUUAAGCUUUCAUUUUUGAACACAACUGUCAUGUCAGAAGGACUAAAGUUGUUAAUUGAUCCAGUUAGCGCUAGUCCUUUAUGUUUGUUUUUUACAGCCGAGCAAAUCGAGCUCGGGUCGAAGCAGCAGAAAUAUUUCAAGUUGAGGGGAAUUAUUCUUUAGGUAUAUCUUGACCAGUUGACUGUCUUUGAUGAAGAAUACCCAUUUUUUUAACAGCUCUGGCAAAUGUCUUAGAGAACACAGCCCUCUUUGGUGAUAUUCUUCUUGAACUUCCUGAUCAUAACACAUGA